AUGUCCUUCUUUUUUUACUUGCUCGCCGCGGCCCCCGACACAGUAGCCCUGCUGUUUCAUGCCGCCAGCUUAGAAUCGAAUGCCGGCCAGGCGCAGAUCCUCCUUGCCGGGCCUGCACUGGCGUCUCCAUCUUUAUGUCACCACCUACCUGAGCAGCUAUGUGGGUAUUACUGCCUAAGUAUUCGUCCAUUGCAUCUGCGCGCACAUGCCGUGAAGGUAUAUCGUACCUUGUUUGUGUGUACUUUGUCUGGUAUUCGGCUCGACAAUGGCGAUUCGACUCAUUGUCCAAUUUGCCUGCCAGCCGCACGCAUCCACAGGCGCAUCCACGGCAGUGCGCUGGCCACGGGUGCUGCGCCGGCAAUUGCGAUGCAAUCCUCGAUGAAGACGCGCUCGUCACUAGGAGCAGAGUACUUACUUAGUGUGGGCAUUGUCGUAUGGCCCGGCGAACAGGCCAGCAGUGCAUCGCCGGGUCGACGGGUUGGUGCAAGCGUGGGAAUGGUGCGACGCGCGACCUGGGCGCACAUCUUCAUACAGUCACCGCGACUUCACAAGUCUGCACAAAAGAAGCCAAAUGUUGCCAUCACGUCUGCUAGCAUGAGUCGACGCCGCGCAAUCGAGCGAGCACUGCUGCAUCCGUCGCCAUUGCGCCGCGUCGUCAUGCGCUCUGGUGCAGCAACGGCGCGCGCCCUAGCCACAGUGCCACAGUCCGUAGAUUCUUAG